AUGGAUGACAGGCUCUGGCGUCUCCUUGAGGAUAGUGGAUGCACGUGUGUGAGUGAACUUCGAGUGCAUUUUGCCACCCCUUGGCACGUGGCUUGCUCAGUGGAUAGCCUGGAAGAUGCGAUUGUCCUGGCUGAACAGGUUGUGCCCAAGGCUUCAUCUGCUGAGCAUAAGAGGAUCGGUGGACAUGUUUGGAAAUGGAUCUCAGAUAACACUGACCUCUUGAGUCGGGUGCAAGCCCGACUACGUUCCAAGGCUACGAGAAUCGAAGCGUCUGCUGGGAGUAAGGUCUCACCUGGGGAGGUCUUCGAUCAACUCAUGAGUGGGAGCCUCGAACUCUGCAAGCAGACGAGUCGUGCGCACUCGAGGUGGAUCUCGAACGGGGCCGGGACUCCGGUCGAGGCGGAGAAAGCUGCGAAGAGGUUCUGGGGCACCGUCUUGGUGCAGAUUAUGGUGGAGGCCCGGCUUCCCAUCGUUGAGAUCGCAGUUGAGAGUGAAGAACAGCGAGUCAUGUAUGCUUUGCGUGCGCUGGGCACCCGGCGCUCUAAGACUUUGAGGAACCGGGCUAGGACCUGGCGCAAGGCUCGCGAUUGGAUACAGUCUGUUAAGGGUUAUGUUUUCCCACGUUCUCCUGCGGAUGUGGUGGACUACCUCAUCUUCUUGGAGCAGGAGUCCGGCACCAAGAGUUGCAUCGCCGAGUUUAUGAGUGCCCUAUCUGUCUUGGAGGAUGCAGGGCAGGUUCCGGUUUCAAACCAGCUCUGCAAGAAUCGCUUGGUUGUGGCGGCCUCCAAGGGCUCGGCGGCAGAGGUUCAGCAGGGGAAAACUGGUAAAAAGCAGGAACCAUGUUUCAAGUUCGCCAAGCCGGAGGUCAUCAGCAAUUACAUGCGUUUGAUUUGGCGCCAGCUGAAGGCAAGCCAGGGUAUGAUGAAGAAGAGCUGUUUGAGGAUUUCGGGACUUGGCUCCGUGAACGAGGUACUGAAUCAGACGUGGCCGUUGCUGGGAAAUUUCACGGAUCGGCAAGACGCUUCGCUAAGCUCAGUGCGAUCGCCGAUCAUGGACCCGGCUGCGCAGCGCCGGUACCUGAAGGAUAAUGUUGAUGCUGACUUCGUUUUCCUGCUUGAAGAGCAUGGACAGGUCUCUCAGGCACAGCUGAAUCGACUUUCAGAGCUUUUACCGGACGAGGACAGGGUUCGUCAAUCUGAGGACACCAUCCAAGGUCAGAGAUCUUUCACUUCUGGUGCGUUUGUCCACAAGGACAGGGCUGGAACCAGACGCAAUUUGGAUGCUUUCCCCUUUGCCUCGGAGCUCCUCGCGAGGCUGGUGGCCAGCAACUUCCCAGGACGGGUUUUCUCUUCGACUGCUUUUUUCAGGGAUCUUAAGCAACCUUUGCACAAAGACACCACCAAUGGUCGUUACGACAACUUGCUGCUUGCUUGUUCGGACUUCGUCGAUGGGGGUCUAUGGGUCCAAUCGGACGCUGGCGACGUCGAACGACUUGUCAAUGGUGUCCCGAUGCUGGGAAAGAGUCUUGACUGGGAGGAACGCAAGAUUGUCUUUAAUCCUCACGUGUGGCACUCAACUGAAGACUGGGGUGGUUGCAGGCUGGUCCUAGCAGCCUACACCAUUGGCAACGAUGGUCUGCUCGCCCUCAGCGAGCGGGAGAAGCUAUCUAACAUGGGCUUUGUCCUACCGGGGCAAGGAAAGAGGGGGCCUCCCGAUUCGGGGGGAUCCUGCGAGGACGACGGGGCGAUGGAGCACGUGGAACCUACGCCAGUGGGCGAGUCCCAGGUGGACGAACCCGGGGAGCCCGGGCCCCUCUUGGGGGAUGCGACUGUGGAGGAUCUGCCUUUUAGUGAGUUGAAAUCCGGAUGUGAGGGUCCACCUAUGGUUGGAGACUUCGCAGGCGCUACAGAUGAGUUCGUGGAUGGAUUCGGGCGCUGCUCACCUGGUAGAUGGAAACCUUCGUGCCGAGGCCGAUGUCUAUCACCUGCUGCGGUUGCCUUCGCUAGAAGCCUUCGGGAUAAGAUUAGGCGGUUCGUUUUGGACAAUGUUCCGGAUCUCGCUAAGUCGACUUUUCGUCUGGCGACGGGACACUGGGAAGGACCCUUGUUUGCUUCAGGGCCUAUGGAUAAGCUGCGCGAGGAAUGGUUCGACAUGUUGCCGGAUCCUUUGAGAGCUCGGGAGAUGAUACCACAUCAGCCUUUCUAUCUUCGGGCCAUCGCGCAGACUCUCCGUAUACUUGAGGACCCGGACUACCGCAUCAUAGAGGAGGGGAAGUUCUGCUUUUGCAAUGGUGUUGAGGUUGGACACACUUCACCUCUGGGCCCCGUUCCUCAGGUCUUCCGGCGGCGACAGAAAGGUCAGAAGUACGAUGAUUCAGAGUGGGAGCCGUUGAUGGGGAAUUACCGUGAUGGACCCGAGGUCGAGAAAGCCCUCUUGGAGGCCUUUGAGAAGGAGGAGGCGGAGGGACGGAUGUUUCCCCUGUCCUUCGCUGAGGCGCGCAAUAGGUACCCGGGCUCGUCAUUGCGUAUCGCUGCUCAAGCUGACAUCCCGAAACCUGACCAAGAAUUUCGGGUGGUCCACGACGGAACACACGGUGUUCAAGUCAACAAUGAGAUUGUCAUGAAUGACCGAUUGGAGUCUCCGGGAGCUCGCGAAGUAUCGGCCAUCCAGAAACUUGGUUCGGUUGCAUCUGGGAAAGUCCUUUUCGGUUUGGUCGGUGAUGUUAAGAAGGCUCAUAGGAGAUAUCUUCAUCAUCCCGAGCAUUGGGGAGUCUUGGCUUGCAGAUCGCGAACAGAUUCCCCGACUGUGUGGUUAAAUCGCACAGGGACUUUUGGCAUAGCAUCAGCGGCCUUUUGGUUCGCUCGCCUCAUUGGCUUGGUCGGCCGCCUUUCUCUCAGAGUUUUGCUGGACGCAUUUGUUUUCGCUCUCAUUUACGCUGACGAUUUACAUUUGCUGAGCGGCGGCCCAAAUCGCUGGUUAAACCUGUGGAUGUUGUUGGCACUCUUUUGCCUUCAGGGUACGCCAUUCUCUGAAAAGAAGCGGCGGGGAGGCCUUCAAGUUGACUGGGUCGGUUACUGGAUUGAUUAUGGGCGCUUCAAACUUGGGAUUUCAGAAAAGCGGUGUCAGUGGAUCAUCAGGUCAGUUGAAAGUAUGGAAGGCGACGGCUGGCUUGUGGAUGUUCGUCGUUUCCACGAGUUGCACGGAAGACUUGGAUUCAUGUCACAGGUUCUUGUCUGGAUGAGGCCCUUUUUGGCGCCAGGUUAUGCCUGA